CUUACCGGUCUUUGUUUUUGGUUCAUCAGCUGCUAUGGUUGCAUCCGUUUCGUCUUCCGAUUCGUCCUCUUCCUCGUCGGAUUCUUCAUCCUCCUCGAAACGUGAUCACCGCCGCCGUCCGCGUCGGCUAUUGGAGAGGGACGAUCUGAAGGUCCGCAAGAGGCAUCGUACGCGAACAAAGACAAAACGCAAGCACCGCUAUUCCCGUGAUUCUUCUUCUUCAAGCUCCGAUACUUGCAGUGAGAGCUCAUUAGAUAGUGGUUAUGAGGAAUCGAGCCAUUCAAGAAAGCUAAAGCAUGGUGACAAAGUGAGAAAGGUCAGGGAAAAGGACAGAAGCAAGAGUCGCAAGCACAAGCAUAGCAAGAAACAGGCUGCAAAGGAGCAGACUGAGCGGCGUAGCAGCCCUGUUCAGCUUUCAAAGUUCCUUGGGCGUGAAAAGGAUGAUGAUAGUGUUCAUCGCAGCGCUGUUUCUGGUAAAAAGAUUUUACUGAAGCUUGAGAAAUCAAAAGAGGAUAAAAAGGCAGAAACUAAUCGUAAUGAGUUGCUGAAGUUUUUGAAUGCCAGUUAUAAUUGAUUUGGUGACUGCAGAAAUACUUGUGCUUAAAAUCAAAUGCACUAGAAAAUGGCUAUAUUUGGAUUGUUAUUGCUUCAAGUCACCCUACACUCAUAACUCUUCUCUGCUUAAUCCUGCUGGAAGCUACUGUUAGUUGAAUGAUAUAUUAAAAUAUCUUUUGUAUUAUCAUUUAUGGAUAAAUUAAUUUAGUUUA